AUACCAGACAUGUCAUGCAUAACAUGAGUGUGUAUCAUUGUGACGUACUCGAUAGGAGGUACUUUACUUGGGGCAUACCAAAUCUGUACUAGGGUGUUGUGACUCCGUGACUUGGUGGUUAGUUAGUGCAAACGAAACCAAAAUGCCCCGCUGUGGAAUGCUGAAUUGAAGACAUAAAAUGUCCCAUUCUUCGUGCUGUUUUGCUUGGAUUAGAAUCGUGAUCUGGCAGAGAGUUUAGUCAAAUCGGGUUGUGUCGUCUGAACACAGCUCCUAUGCAUACAAAUAAUUUGGUGCUUCAGAUGACCAGCAGGUGAUAUGUGUGAUGUACACGAUGGCAUGCAUCACAGCUGACGCGGUUAGAAUCCAACCAGAACCUAAAGUAUACACAGAAAAUGAAAACAAGGAUGAGCCACACAGCCCAGAGAUUCUGCCCAACUUUUCAAAGCUUUCAUAUCCCCGGCUUGACUUGUCAGCGCUUACUGAAUUAAAAUUUGUUGAGAGAAAGCCCAAUAUUAUCCAAGAUGGGCCAUCAGUUAUUGUACAAUCACUGUACAAUAUGCCUCUCACACCUGGAGCAUUUGGAACUCCAACAGCAUUAGAAUACUUAGCAGAAGAGAUUGAGGUUUCCUGUGACGAUGAAGGUUUAUGUGACACUGAAGUCAAUAAACUUACAUCUAAAUUGUCUCAUGCUUGUGAUACGGCAGGGUCCGGUGAGACAGGACGUGAUAUGAUGGCAGCACAUGCCCUAUUAGACAUCUCACCAACAACGAGCGGCGAAGAGAAAUCAUUCCUAACACAGAGUAAAUCACCGAAUUGUUCUAAUACAGCUUCUCUUCCACCAAGUCCAGCAGACAGUGGAGUGGCAUCAGAUAAAGAAGCUGAUCCUUCUCAAACAGAUGCUCAAGAAAAUAAUUCCAAUCUUGCCAAUUCCUACCAUCGAUCAGUUGAUCACCAAGACCCUUCUGUGAUAAUCAGUGUGGCGCCUGACAAUGAGGUAGAGCUAGAAAGCGAUUCCAUGAAUGAAGUCCAGGUGCCAUAUUCUCCAGAGAUAGCGCACAGUUACAGCAAAAAGCCAAGUAAAAAGUGUCGGAAAUCCAAGCCCAGGUCGCCUGAUGAUCUGCAGACCUGCAGCAAAAGAAAAAGCAGAGAAAGCCAUACUACCUACCUCUGGGAGUUCCUUCUUGAACUUCUUCAAAAUGUGGAAACUUGUCCACGUUUCAUCAAAUGGACCAACAGAGAAGAAGGCAUCUUCAAGUUAGUAGACUCCAAGGCCGUAUCUAAGUUAUGGGGUCAGCACAAGAACAAGCCAGAUAUGAACUAUGAAACAAUGGGCAGGGCGUUAAGAUAUUACUACCAACGAGGUAUCUUAGCUAAGGUGGAUGGUCAGAGGCUUGUCUACAAAUUCUGUGAAAUUCCCAAGAACAUUAUCGAGGUAGAAUGUAGCUGAGUUCAGGUUAGGCUUGUAGAGAAAUGACAAUCUCAGUAUUGCAAGUAAAUCACUCCAGACAGGUGCCAAAUUGUGACGUGUAGAUAGAAGAUUGUAAAUAUAGAUUGACACCCAUAAUUAGCAUAAUUGAUUGGGUGUGGUCAUUGGAUGCGACUCUUUGGUGUGAUUCAAUGAGUGUGGUUCCUUGCAUAGAUGCCUGCCAAUUACAGGGGUUCCAGGUCCAUGCUGCAGACAGUGUCAGUUAUACACUACCAAUAUUCCAUGAAUGUAAUGAUUCCUAUAUGAGACCUAUGCAAUUAUGGUGUUUAUUUGGUACGAUGUGUGGUUUAUAAUGGUUUAUAAUAAGGAAAUAUAGUUUGAUCUCCAGUAAAGAUCUGUAAAUAUUGUCUCUUUUCCGACAUGUUAUUGUCCCUUGUGGAAAUUCACAAUAAGAAAACAAGUGUCACAACUGGCUUUGCUACCACUUUUCUUUUUUGCAUCUGGAUUUCUAUGAAUAUAUAGCACAGAUUUCUCCCCCAGAAAUGUUCUUGACUUGCACAGUUAGGUCUUUACAGUUUGCACAAACAAUUUGAAACUUCUGGUAUAACUGCAGAAAUGCGAAUUUUUUUUGACUCUUGGAAAUAAGAACUACUUGCCUGAAAAGAUUUAACCUUUGCUGCCAAAAUAAUUCCAUUUUGUGAAAAAAAUAGUAAAAUUACAUUGAGAAAGGUGUUGUGUAUGUGAGGCGAGUUGAAAACAUGAUAAAAAAUUUAUUUUUAUGUUAUGUAACUAUACUUGUACAAUUUUUAAGUUAAGUAUGGUUCAUAUGGUUAAACUGAUUAUUUGCUUCAGUAUGUAAAUAUGUGUAUAUGUAUAGUUUCUAUGUGACAUGGUUCUUUUGAAGUACAUUGUACAUGUCAAAGUUCAUUGGACACGUACGUGUAUGGAGGUCUAUCCUGAUAGUUUUAUGUUCACAGAAAAAAAAGAGGUUUAGUAAGAACUGUUUUUAUCCAUUGUAUAUUUUUAUGAAUCAUGGAUUUAUUAGAAAGUCUACUUCCCUAUAAAAAUUCUGAAUUAUUGUUUCUGCCUCCUCUAAUUAAACAUUGAUCCGGCAAAAUAGAAAUGGAUGUUGAAAAUUGAAAAAAAAAUUCUACGCCAGAACAAAACAUGUAUACAUAAGAGAUCACCUUGUAGAAAUAAUACCUAUGUUCCCAUGAUCCCAAUUAAUUAAUGCACAUUUGUAAGUAAUAAUUUACAAAUAAAAGCUAAGAAAAGACAAGGUUUUGGUUUUAAGGUACAAGGUUGAUGAAUCUUACAAUUUUUUUUUCUUUUUGACAAGUAGCAGGUAUAUUCUGAAAUCGCUGUGAUAAAAUAAUGCACUUACACUUAUAUUUUACUACACAAAAUAACAACACAACUUCACGUCAUAUGACUUGGUAUGAACCAACUUUAUUGAACACAAAAUUAGUCCAUUUAAACCAAUGUGGACAUUUAAACCUGCGUUUCUCCAAAUAAAUAAAUACGUUUAAUGAAAUCCUAUUGAUCAUUAUGUUAAAAAGUGAUCUGUUUUGCUUUUAUUUUUAUUUAACUUGUACACUUAAAAAAAAAGUUGACAUUAAUUUUUAUGUUCACCAAUUCACUGACUUGGGUUAAACGUUUGUAUCUAGCAAAGCGAUGCAGAGACCUGCAGGAAUUUUUAUUAAAAAACAUGAGGUGUACAGGAUUUGCAGAGACAUGUCUCAAAUAGCAUCUCCAAUAGGGUACGAAACAUUCAGGCAUGCAGACACUGGGAAUAUUUGCCAUUUGUUUUUUGUCUUCGGUUUUCAAUUUAAAGUCGAAAACAAAGAGUAAGACUGGCACUAUUGUACUUCACAAGUUUUAUAUGUUUUUAUGACUGCAAUAUGGUUGUGUUAAUGGAAACUCGAAUUUGUGUGGUAUUUGUUAACGACACAAGAAGUUUUGGACUGCCACAUAAUACCAGAUUGUAAUGUUACAAUGAAAGCACUGUACACUGAUUCAGCUUUGCUAUUGCUAAGUUAUGUAAAAUAAACAGAUAAACUACAUUAGAGGUAUUUUUUGACAUACAUAAGGACAACAGGGCAUCAACAGUGUUCUUUAUGAAAGUGUAAAUAUGGAAAUGAAUUGUACAUGUACAUUGUGUGAAUUGAAGAUUUAAAAUACAUGGUAAACAAUAUUUUUUUGGAAUUAGUUAAAUUGCUUUUUCAAGUUCAUUCAUGUAAAAUUUUCCAAUGUAAUUCAAAAUGCAACUACAUGUAAUUAUUAAUUUGCGUUUACUGAGUGUUCGCUAAUGUGAAUACAUUAUGAACUAGUAACUGGGCGACACGUGUCCCUCCACAUUUUGCAACGAGUAUGACAUUGCACUUUGAAUUAAUGCAUCAGUUGAGUGAUCCGACUAUCAGCUGUCAAUUGUUGAUUCUAGAGGACUUAUAUGGAAUAUGUUCAUGCAUUAUCAACCAAUAAAAGGAUCCCGUAUUAUGCUGAUAGUAAAACAGCAAUAAGUGCAUUAUCCAUUUUCUCCUGCACCUCCUGCAAGCUCACUUAUAUUUCAAAUAAUGGUUGUACGUCAGUGCACUUUAAAAUGACAUUAUGCAAAUAAUUCAGAGAUGACCUAAUUCUGUGUUCUUCUGUAGGGAUCUGUCCCCUUCCAUAAAUUUAAAUCGCCCAUUAAUGUGUUAGUCCCAGAACUUGUUAUUGAGAAUUUUAUAGUUUGUAAAUACAUGUAUAGGGGUCAUUUCAUACUUUUUAAUGAAUAGUAAAUGAUUCCAUUUGAUGUUAUUUGUUUUUACUGAAAACAUGAAUAAGAAUACUAGUUUUGUAAUAUGUGUAUUACACAUAA